AUGGCAAUUUUAGAGGAAAAAACACACAACAAAGAUGAAAGCCCUUCAAAAGGUGAAGCUUUACCUGCUCAGGGAGACUUCCCAACAUGUAGCAGCACUGAGUCUGAAAUGGUAGACGUCCAAGAAAAGAGCCAAACAGUUGAUGUUUUAGAGGAGGUAAAGGAUGGAACUGGUGUUGGAGAAGAGUCUAAAACAAAGGAGAGCUCCCCCAAAAUAGACGAAGACAAAGAGGACACCCAGUCCCAGAGCGAUGUCCCAACACUUGAAUACAAGACGGAGCAAAAGAAAGACAACACAGCUGCACUGAGCACUCUGACGAGCACAGGUGAAGUGAGGGAGGAGCAGGAGGAGGGUGACCCUGACAACACGACCAAGGAGGAAGAGCUGAGGACAAGGCAGGUGACUGGAAAGGACAAACAUCUCAGCAGAGAGCCUGUAGACAGGAGGACGAAGGAGAGGGAGGACAGGAGGAGCAGGGAAAAGGAGGAGGAUACGAGCCGGAGCAGCGGAAGAGGAGCAACAAGGAGGACCAAGGAGCGAGGUAGAGACGAGGAGGAAAAGGUGAAGGUAGACGCCAAGGAACUGGUGACGGUGGAUGAGGUGGGAGCAGAUGAGGCUGGAGCCGAGGCAGAGCAGGAGGACACACUACCAACCCAGGACGAAGAAUCAACAGACUCUUUAAACCCAGAGACUUUGGUGACUUUAGAUGAAGCAGGUGAUGAUGAUGAGGAGGAGACGACGAAGGCUUCAGAGGAGCUGCAAGCAGAACAAUCCUCCACACGUGUCAAACACAAAUCUGAGGAAACAGAAGAGACUGUGAAUUUUGUGACAGUAGAUGAAGUGGGAGAGGGUGAAGAUGGAAAGGAAGAAGCCACACCCAGGAGAAGAGGCCGAGGCAGGAAGAGGUCCAGACAGGCUCCUGUGAGAAAAUCCACCAGAGGGAAAAGAGUGUGUAAAGAUGUGAAAGAAGAGGAGGAAAAGGGAGGAGCUGACACAGAAGCUCCGCCCCCAGGGUCAUCCGACCCACCCCUGUCAUCAGACAAAGUUGUGUCCACCUGGGUCCAGUCAGACGUCCUGAAGGCAGAUGCUGAAGAACGGAGCAGAGACGACGUCCAUGCAGACUCUGCUGGACAGGAACAGGAGGAGGUGCUGGACAGAGGAGUGGAGGAGGGGCCAGAGGAGGUGGAGACAUGGGGCGGGGCCCACAGGAAAGUGGACAGUAAAAGGAGGAGGGACCAGCUGGGGCCUGGACCUGGACCUGAAGUGAAGCGAUCCCGGUCUCAGUCUCCUUGUGUGUCCUCUGACUUCAAACUGCCUCCAUUCACACCCAACACCCCCCUGGGUGCAGAGUUCGUGGUUCCUAAAUCAGGCUUUUACUGUAACCUCUGCUGCCUUUUCUACCAGAGGGAGAGUACAGCCAAAGAGGAGCACUGUAGCAGCCACAGACACUACAGCAACCUACAGAAAUAUUACCAGAAACUUCAACAGAAACAAUUAGGAGGUUCAACAGGAACAGAAGGCGCCACUGUUUCUGACCUGGACUGAAUCAGACACAGACGGUGAAAGUAAAACAUGAGCUGCUGUUGGAUAAAGCAAAGGCAUCAGACCACGCCCUCCAGAACCUUCUGUUAUGGAAACCUUGGACAUAAAACAGACAUAAUGCAGCGUUUUCACAUGUUUCACUGGAUCCACUGCACAGGUGCCUUGUCCUGCUUUCAUUUGCACAGACUGUCUCUAAAAUGGAAAACACACAGGAGAAGCUGAGGCUGCGGUGGGAAACAGCUUCAACCAUGCAUACUUAUACUAUAGUAUUACACAUCUGCCUUUAGUACUGUCUGUUUAGGCAUAGUACUAAAGGCUCACACAAAUUAGUAUAAUCUAACAACAGCGUAUUAAAAUAAAAACACGUGAAUAAAGUUGUAAUAUUAUGAGAAUAAAGUCGUAGUUUUAAAGUAAACUCAUAAUUUAACAAAAAACAAUGUCGUACUUUUAUGAAAUUAAAGUCAUAAUAAUUUCAAAAUGAAUUUGCAAUAGUACGAUAAAAGUCAUAAUUUAAAUCGUAAGCCUUAAGUUCAGUCAUUUGCUCCAAAUCCAUUCAGUUCUUACAACGAAACAAACCCAAACGUGUGAACUGUCUUCGAAGUCCGUGGACUAAUGCUAAUGUGUUGAUGGUGAGCGGGGCUAAUAGGCUCAGUAUUUGGUGGGCGGGGCUAAUAGGCUCAGUAUUUGGUGGGCGGGGCUAAUAGGCUCAGUAUUUAGCCUUUGUGCGUAAACCC